UUAAAAAAGAAUUUUGUAUUUCAUUGAUCAAAUCGGCAAUUACUUAGUUGCCAACCCAAUAGUAUAACGAAAUUCAGCACUAUCAAUCCGCUCGGCUCGUGGUCAACUUGUCGGUGAGUAUAAAGGACCUUAAAUCUACCAUGGCGUUCAAAGUGACCAGCUUCAGAUUUUCUGUUCUAAAAUAGUAGCAAUCAUAGAGCCACUUUCGUAGGAAAUAAUUAAAUAAAUUUCUUAAGUCAAGCGUAUGUUCUAAUAAAAAUGGCAAAAAGUUUAAACGAAUUUAAUCUUACCAUUCACGAAAGGUAUCACGCGUCGGUUACUUUUAAUACUCGGUAGGUUUAAUGCUCAGAGAAUAAUUGGACUGUCUGUAUAUUCUAAGAGUGCGCUACGUUUCUCCACUAACUGCGCUCUUUAUUCGCGUUUAAACUACACUGCAUACGAUGUUUCUGUUAUUUGUCAGGCUCGUUCAGGUUAUUAAACGAAUUAACCGCAGCAACGACCUGAUCCACCAUUUUUCCUAACAGGUAAUGAAUGCGGAUGAAAAAUAUCUCUUUGUAAGCACGAUCAUCGGGUAUAAAGUAAGAGUUCUUUCUAGCAACCUCUGGAACAUGAGCAUUCUGCGUGCGGGAAGAUGAUCUUCUUCCCCGUCUGUUCCGUGAAUUAUUGCUUAUGACAGUUCUUUGCGACGUCGUUGAUUUACCAUUGCCCAUUUCCGACACCGUAACGAUAGAUUCUCUACGUUCCUUCUUAAAGCAAGCGAGUUUCGCGUGCGCACUUUCGUGCUCGAAACGAUUGAAAAACGCGCAGAGCAAAUUGGACACCAUUUCGUGCUUGGUGUAAUUGUGGGGGACGCGACGAGCAGGCUUUAGGCAUUCUUUGUACAAUCGACUGAGCUGCAAGAGCAUAUCCUGCCUGGUUUCCGGAUCCCGGAUGCUCGUCAACGUCUCGCGGAGGUCUCUUAUGCAUAAAUUCCAUUGCUGUUCGUUGUGAUUCGUCGCGGUGUGAUAAAGCUUGCGAAACUCGAUCACGUGACUCGGGUGGUAGAAGCACAGAGGAUUCUUCGCUAAGAAGACCUCCGAUUCUAAGAACAGACUGCCGUAGAACGGUUCGGGCAGCUCCACAUAGUCCAUGUUUUCGAACAUCUCCUCCAGUAUCUCUCGUAUCGCCGCUUCCCGAAUGCAAUGAUCUAAAUAAUCAUCGACGUCGGCGUCGUCGCUAGAUUUAACAGCACCCGACCGAUCCGCGAUCGCGGUGUCGGAGCAGCCCGAUAGGCGGAAGUGGAAUGGCGACGGGCACAAUUCGGGGUCAGUUUUGAACCUCCAGACUUCGGAGGUCAUGCCGGAUAUACGAGGCAAGUACCAAAAUUUGAUAUCAACGAUCUGCCCCGGCGGAAUCACUCCUUUGGUUUUAUUGAAAAAGAACGGACUCGCUCGUCUUCUCAACGGCAGCAUCGACGGCAAAGAGACCGCGUUCCGCCAUUCGUAAAUGAUUACACGGUUGCCUUUGUUCUCUAAUCUGAUCUCUUUUUCUACCAUUUUAUUCAUUUGCGAAGAGAAGCACACGUUCCACACGAUUGGAUCGGUUCGGCCAAGUUCGAAAGCGCACUUCUCCCAGACUAUAUCUCGAUCUUCGAUCCUUAAAGCGAUCGUCUGGUCUCGAAGCUCUUCCGGAUGACACGCGACUUCUCCCUCAUCUUUCUCCAAUAGAGCGUCGGAGAGCGUUAUCACCGGCAGUCUUCUGUACUCUUUGGCUUUUGGCUUCGCGAAUCCGUGACCCUCGAUCGUUAAAUGUUUCGUUUUCGGCUCGUGCGGCACAAGCGACUGAAUUUCUUUCGAUAGUUGGCAUUUUCGGCUCUUUAAGUACUGGCUUUGCUUCCAUAACGGCUGCUUAGUCUUCAAGCCAACGAGGUCCUUCUCCUUUUCUAUCAGCUCCGGCAAAUCUACGUACAUUAAUUCUGGUUUGUCCGAUUCCUUUUUGCUAGCUGCGACCGCGACGAUCGGUAAGCAAGGGUUGUCAUGAUUCGGCAGUGUCUUUGGUGCUCUCCAAAAUUUCGGCACAGUGCGAAGAUUCGUGGAAAGCACCGGCUCCAAGAUGUUAGCGUAAUCCAUCAGUUCUCGCAUUUCGAUCAGUGGCCGAAUGGUUUCGCAGGUAUUUAUAAUCUGGUCGGUCCGAUGACGACCGGUCGACGACUCGAUGUGCUCGUACUGUUUCCUUCGUCUUGCUAACCAUCCUUUCCAGUUGACCAGUGGAGGAUCUUCGGAGAAGAUUUGAUCUGACUCGAACAUACCGUCGGAUACACUUACGCUGGACACUAUUCGCCUUCUCCAACUCUCAGCUUCGUCGGUUUUGCCGAUUUUUCGAGCGUAAUCCAUUGUGACAAUUACGUGUGCGCAAGUUGAUCGCUCUGUUUCCUCAACGAUUUCCUGCGUGUACGCUACGACAGAGUGUUGACGACUGGCAUUGAGAAGCAUCGCGAAGUUGCAGUUGGUUGCAAAAUAAUCGAGUUUUAUAAUUCAAUAUUAAAUUGACUGAACCAUAAAGUAAGAUCAACAAAUACAUACGUAAUAGCUUAUUUAUUUAUUCGGCCUAGGUACAUACGUAUUUCAAAUGUCAACGACAAGAGGAUGAAAUUAAAGAAUGAAGAAUUCUAAUUCUUCAUGAUGAAAUUUGUUGUUCGAUUAUGUACUCCAGAAUGCACGCUAUCCGACUGGAAAUAAAAAAACAUACUGAAGUUGCAGUCGGUUGAAAAAUUAUCAAGCAUUCUGUAUUAAAUUGAACUUCGACUAAAAAUGGAGACAGCAGAAACUCUCGAUCCGUACACGGAAACUGCCAAGUUGAUUCAAGAAUUAGGCUAUGUCGACGGUCACUUUGAAUCUCCGAUCAAUUUGGACAUUACUUUCAUGAAGAUUAUUGAACUGAACCCUAUCCAAUGGGUUAACGUCGACGUGAGACCAAGAAAAUUGAAAGUUACUAACACUGGCUUCACGGUACUCCUUAGUACAACCUGGGAAACGGAAAGAGCUUAUGUCACCGGCGGUCCACUUCUGGGGAAGUAUCUUCUUUCGCAAAUUCAUUUCCACUGGGGAGAGAACGAAAUGAACGGUAGCGAACACUCGGUCGACGGUGCAAGUAUGCCGAUGGAACUUCACGUAGUGCUCUUCAAGGACGAAUACGAGAAGUUUAAUUUAGCGUUGACAAAAGUUGACGGAAUUAUCAUCGUGGUGUACUUCUUCAAGUUGCAGAACGAAUCAAACAAGUUUAUCCACAACAUUCUGAGACACGCAUCUGAGAUUCGUGCAGCGCAUUCCUCGGUCCGCUUGGUGCCUGUGAGCUUAAAUACUUUAAUGAGACCAUUCAGCGAAGAUUACUUCUUGUACUGGGGCUCAAUAAUAUUGCGAACGAAUCCGCAUAGAAUCCUUUGGAUAAUAAGCAGGGAACCAAUAGGAGUUUCCGUUGAACAAGUUCGAACAUUUCGAACUCUUACGAAUGAAAAAGGCAUGCCAAUAUUAUCAAACGUCCGGGAAUUGAAAGAAAGAGAAGAGAGGACUGUGUUCCACGUUUGUCCAUCGGGUUCCACGUACGCGUCCCUUUUACCACUUCCAUGGGAUAUCUACAGUAAAACGGACCUGCCCAAUCAAACUACAGUUGAUGUGGCUUCAACAAGCGUGUAGCUCUCUCAUGCUGAUUGUUGUUACGUAAUAAAAUAUUAUUCAUUACAAUGGGCAAGUACAACGGCAUCUUUAUUUUAAAUAAAGAUGAUUAUAUUGGAAUAAAGUGAAAAUAAAGAUAUAGAUUAUUUAUAGAA